CUAAUCUUCUUUGCCUUUCCUCCUCGGUUCCGGUCUCCAAAAUGCCGUGUUAUAAUACUACUACAACACCCACACCUUUCACAAUUCCUCCUCAUAAGAAUCCAACCAGAAAGAAAACAACAAAACACAAAAGCAAGCUCUCUCCACACCAACGUCAUUAAUUAUUAACAACCGAGUAGCCGGAAGGAGCAGAGCAGCGGCCACCGUUUACUACUUGGAAAGGUGUUUGUGGGUUUGGGGUUUUCCUCAUUUCCCAAAAUUAGCAGCUUUACUUUCUCAAUAGACCGCUCAGGGCUUAGAAUCGCGCUCACUUUUGGGUUGUGGCCGCCAGCUGAUUCGCCCCUCUUUUUCUUUGGUUCUAUCUCCUCUGUUUUCUGUUUGGCUUUUUAGUAUUUGUCUGCGGAGGAAUUUUAGUGGUGUGUGGCUGAUCUUUACGAGAAGGGUUACAAGGAGGAAGAAUAAUGUUUCGAUGGGAGUUGGGUUCAUGUGACUGCCGUAGUUUUGGAUUAAUUAUAUAGAAAGUAGUUGCUUCUUGUCUCGCCUCGUCUGUUGCUGGUGGGAAACAAGCCUGGAGUAGCAUUUGCAAUGGCGGAAUAUAUCUAUUUGCUCAGCAAGGACGCAGUAAUCAUUAAACCUCCGAAGAAGUCUUCUAUGUUAUUGAGGAUGGUGGUUCUAAUGUUUGCCAUGACGUUUGGUGUCUACAUCUGCACCAUUUGCCGGCAGCAGAUUAGCAGCCUUAGCAAAGUAACGAUUAAAAAUAUACAAGUGAUUGAUGAGCCAUCUAAUACUGCUGACCAUAGUGUCUUUCAUGUGCCUAAGCUGCAUUACCCAAACCCUGAAAGUUUCAGCAGGGAGGAAUGUGUGGAUAACCCUGUACGUUACUUUGCCAUUGUAUCGACCCAAAGGUCAGGGAGUGGAUGGUUUGAGACCUUGUUGAAUAGUCAUGUUAACGUGAGCUCGAAUGGGGAGAUCUUUUCGGUUUUGGAUAGGAGAAGAAACGUCUCGGCUAUUGUUGAAACUCUGGAUAGGGUCUAUAAUUUGGACUGGUUCUCUAGUGCUUCGAAGAAUGAAUGCUCUGCUGCUGUUGGAUUCAAGUGGAUGCUGAAUCAGGGAGUGAUGGAGCACCAUGAAGAAGUAGUGGAGUACCUCAACCGCAGAGGCGUUUCUCUGAUUUUUCUCUUCCGUAGAAACCUACUUCGGCGAAUGGUUUCACUGCUUGCAAAUUCCUAUGACAAGUAUGCCAAGUUAUUGAAUGGAACUCACAAAUCUCAUGUCCAUACCACUGAAGAGGCUGAAACGCUUUCCCAGUUUAAGCCCAUAGUUAACUCCACAUUGCUGAUAUCCGAUUUGAGACAGGCAGAGAUCUUGGUUGCCAAGGCUCUAGGGUACUACAACACCACUCGGCACAUGGUUGUGUACUACGAGGAUCUUGUUAAAGACGGCAAGAAACUCGAGGAGGUGCAGGAGUUUCUGAGGCUUCCGGUGAUGGAACUGAGAAGCCGGCAGGUAAAGAUCCACAAGGGGCCAUUAUCAGAACUGAUCAAGAACUGGGAAGAUGUGAACAAGACGUUGUAUGGAACGGAGUACGAGAAUUACCUGAGGGUCGACUAUUGAGUCUGCGGAAGGGACCGAUUUCGGAAUGGUUUGCUUAACUUGCAGGAAGUGUGAAUACCAACUACUCAACUGACAUGUUGUCCACUCUCUCCUCAUAUGUGCAUUUCAUGAGUUGACAGGCUAAUGGCUCUUCUCAAAAUUUUGACUGGCGUGAGCGAAACUGCGCCAUAACUGGUGGUUCUUCUUUUGUUUUGUUAAUGGCUUUCUCAACUUUGCGUUGAGAUUUGAUUCCCAUAGCUGAAACCUGUGUUGUUUGAUCACCUCUGGUUGAUCAUGCAGAUAUCAAAGUUGUACAUGUAGCCUACUCGCUUGCAGGAAAAAAUUAUAAUAUAUGAGCAAUUCAUUCAGUUUCUAAGUGUGUAUCUCCCUGUUUAAUCUAUAUAAAAAAGU